AUGCUUGUCGCCAGAGAUACCCAGAUUAGUGCCGAGGAAGGCAGUUCUGAGCAGGUUUCAAUUUGGAAGCACGUUUACAGUGUUAUGCGGUGCCCUGGGGCACCCUGUGAAUUGGGACCUCAUUGCUGGCGUGAUCCUUUCGGCAAGAAGCAUUAUAAACUUGGUACGCACCAUCUAAGAAGUCUGAUCAAGUAUGUAGAGCAAGGAGGCGAGUUGGAUACCCAUGACGAUGUUCCCCAUGACCUUCGCGAGAGUCUUUAUCGCGAGGAACAGCAGCGGCUCGAUAGAAAGAGCAUCUCGAAUCAGUCCGCUGUUACCACGUCGUGUCCUCCGAUUAAUAUCACAAAUGUCCUUCCGUCGCAAUCUCCAACUAGAAGCCCUUCUCUAUCGACACAAGACGCUCCCGUGAGAGACUCGGGAUACUUAAAUAUUCCGGGUCUCCGAGAUGUAGCCGUGGAAGAAUAUAGUGACUGGCAGCAAUCACAAGUUAGAAAUGAGGCAUUGAAAGCGGAGUUCCGAAAAGCGCGAGAUGCUGCAUUCUCCGAGGGCCUCGAUCUUGGGCAGAUAUUUAAAGACCAGGACUCGGCCUUUUUCAUCAAGCAGGGUGUAAAAAGAGGCAUCGCGCGACGAUUUGUUACUGAUAUUGAUUACUGGGUGAAACAAUACCAGCCGGUCCGCCGAAAUCCUGCUCGUUUGUCGCACCCUGAUUCAUCAACGUAG